UUGGAUGCGGCCACGACCUCCAGUCAAGAGAACUGGGAAAAGAGUAGCCAUAGUUGGAAGUGGACCAUCUGGCUUGGCUGCUGCUGAUCAACUAAAUAAAAUCGGUCAUAUAGUUACAGUGUACGAAAGAGAUGAUAGGAUUGGAGGGCUUAUGAUGUAUGGGUUUCCCAACAUGAAAACUGACAAAGUGGAUGUAGUUCAACAGCGAGUUAAUCUUAUGGCUGAGAAAGGAGUGAAUUUUGUGGUGAAUGCUAAUGUUGGACAUGAUCCUUUAUAUUCUCUUGAUCGACUUAGAGAGGAAAAUGAUGCCAUUGUCUUGGCUGUAGGAGCCACAAAACCAAGCUUCUCCCUGUCUAAAUGCCUUAGCUAUGACUGCUAUGUCGUCAAUGGGAAUCAAAGGCAAAUACCCAAAGACAUUUUAUCCCUUUCCAAUCAUGUUCUUGACCACAUGGUUGUACUUUUCCGACCAGUGUGCAACUGUGGGAACUGGUGGAUAGUGGUUGAGACCAGCCCAGAAUUUGGCCGACCCAAUUAA